AUGUCAGCGAUACGAAAAGGUGUCCAACGACAACUCUUCCAAACGGACGACGAACGUCUCCAUGCCAUUAUUCAUGUUGUGCGAGUGGACGGUCGCAAAAAGAAGAGACCUACGUUUUUCUGCUUAGCAGUGACAAUAGAACAUCCGAUUUCGGUGCGACUAUACUUUGUCAAGGGAGAAAAAGACGAUGCGUUCAAGAAACGAACUAGGUUCUACCUCCGUGAUGUAAAAGAAGUUGAUGGAAUAAAUCCGAAGAGGGCAUUACCGGAUUUUCACAUCACCAUUGGAGAUCAUCGCUAUAGUAUCACGGCAAGCACACCAGAAGAAAAGGAUGAGUUCAUUCGAGAACUGUACAAGCUUUCGGCGCAAUAUCUGCCUGUGCAGAUGCCUGACUUCUGCAAUGUCUCUAUUCCCAUCGACAAUCGUGAAAUUUCCAUACUUCCGAUUGAAACAAAUGACGAAGAUAGCGGUGACGUUAUCCACGAUUACCAGCCGGUAAGCGCAAAAGAGGAAGCAGAUUUCCGUCGUCUUUUAAUGAAGGCAGAGCUCACUAUCGGGGAAGCUGACAAGUUUUCAGAGGUUCUCUCAGCUCAACUGCAAUCGCUUGAUGGUGCAAAUAUACAGUCUAUGAUGGGAAGUGAAAUGGCAGUGAAUCAGCUCCUAGCACUUUUAGAUGGCGCACUUGAUAAAGUUGCUUUGCUAGAGAAAGAAAUUGAUAUCUGUGACGCCAUCCUUGCGCACGUGAGGAAUAGCGUAGAGCUGAUCGAGGAGAAAGAUAGUCUCUCGGCUGUCGAGCGUAGAAAUAAGGACCGACUACAACAAGAACUAACUGAUUUUGUUGCUGCUCUGGAUACCGUUACAGAUAAUCACAUUCGAACACUCAAGGAAGCUAACCUUAACGAUGCUGGAAGCAUCGCUCGUUGUGCAGAAGCUGCUCGUGCUGUUUCACACUUUUGGAAUGGAUGCAUUUCGAAGCCGAUGCUUCAGAUGAAAGCAUAUGAGAAAAGAAAUCGUGAUCUUGCUGUGAUUGACCUCUUCGUGGAUCGCUUCAUGUCACAUCUUUCGGCUAUAUUCAACAACCUCAAUGACUUCUCUCUUGGCCAGGAUUGGCACAGUCUCUCUAUACCUAAGCAGUCGCAACGAUUUCACGCUCUUUCUCCUCUCUCCGACCUUAUUAGUUGGCUGAAGGCGAAUAGGCCCACACCGUACAACGCAGCCAUUCAGCGAUACGUGGAGUCUACAAGAACGCUGUAUAAGCGCCAUUUUGAUACAUUUUUCGAAGCUGUUAUUGGCGAAGUCCAAAAACUAGGAUCUGCCGACAAACGUCUGAAUUCAUCGAAUUUAUCAGCUAAAAGUUCUCUCGACAGGCAGAGUUUCUCAUUGAGUGACAUUUCUGCGGAAUAUGGUCAAGUAUCAGCGCUAAUCGAAACGGUUUUGGGUGAGUUGGGGCCAAUUAUCGAGAUGGAACAGAAAUUCUGUGUCAGAUUUUUCCACAUAAACUCGGAACUAAUUUCGAACGCAGAAACGACAUCCACAGACAGCGGAGAAAGCACUAUCAUAGGAGGAAGAAAUGCCGAGCGUUACAUGAACGAGCAGGUCCGCUCUGUUAUGGCCUCGUUAUUUGAGUCACUGAGUGGUCAUUUGGAUCGGUUUUGUAAGGCCAUCUGCAAGCAAAACAUUAGCAACGUGAUGCUGUUGUUCAUCAUUAUGUCAAAGAAAGUGUUGCUGCCACAAGAAUCAGGAUCCUAUUAUUCUGUUACAUUUGGUACUUUCGUUGUGCUUAUUAAACGUCAGUUUGACUUGUUUAUGGAAUCGGAGGGACAAGCAUUGGCUGAUAUAAAAAUAUCGAAACGAGUUCGUUUGGGAAUUUUGCCAACGAUCGAAAGGUUUGCUGAUUUUGUAAGGACUGCUGAAUCGAUUUUCGAAGGAGCUGAAAGAAGGACAGAUCUUGAAAAAUGGUACGUCCAUUUGUAUCGAUGCGUUUGCGAGGGUAUCGAAAAGGCUGCCUCAAAUCCCAACAGUAAAUCUCCGAUGGCUGUAGUUCGGUUCGAAAAUUACCAUCAAUUAUAUUUGACCUUAUCCGAGUUAAAAAUUCCGUUUCUGGAUGCGCAACGGAAGGAUGCGAAGCGAGAAAAGGAAGAAAAUAUUGACCUUUAUGUCAGAGAAUAUAUGGGACGGCCUUUGGAAAGGAUUCAUGUUUUCUUCGAAGCUAUUCAAAACGCCAUCGAAAUGCGUGGGACAAAGCCAGACGAAAUUUCCUAUCAACCUCAGUUUAGCAGGGUUGAAUUGAAGAAGGUAAUUGCCAUGUACCCAGGAAAGGAAGUUAAAAAGGGGUUGGAGCAAUUGUACAGAAAAGUUGAAAAGCACCUUGUUGAUCAUUCCUCUUUAUUGCAAGUUGUUUGGAGAGAGAUGCAGGAUCAGUUCCUGAAACAACUACAAGGCUACCAACGACUGAUGGCCACUUGUUAUCCAGGCAAGAAGUGCGAAGUCUGCAAAAAGAAAUGUUCUGGAGAUGUGCUGAAAGCUAAUGAUAAAUACUUCCACAUCCAAUGCUUUCAGUGCAAGCAAUGCUCCAGGCCGUUGGGAGAAUCAGGAUUUUACACGACUGCCGAUGGCUCGUACCUCUGUCCUGAGGAUUACAGGGCUAUUGGCAGGAGUGUCACACAACGACCGACGGUAUCCGAGACACCAGCUGCUGCUCCGAGACCGACCGCUGUUAAUGGCGAACAAAGUAUUAACAACGUCAAAGAAUCUGAUCAACUCUCACCAUUAGGAUCGCCAUCUGUGAAAAAUGUCGUGAACAAACAAACAGUUAAGAAAAAAUCGCAAAAUGGCUCGAAGGUAAUCGUCCUUCAUGUUCGGAUAAAAAAUAGUAGAGUGAAAUCUGGUAUGAGAGAAGUCUACAGAUACGACUACAAACUCGAGAAUUCAUUUGAAAUUCUUGUAGUUGGAGCAGACUGUGCAGCAUGUAACCAACCUCUUCAUUCUGGUCAAGUUCUUCUUGCUCUUGGAUUAUCAUGGCACGUGUAUUGUUUUAAAUGCAGCGAAUGUGGUGCAGUGCUGCAUGGCGAGUAUAUGUCGCACGAUGGUAAGCCACUGUGCUUGCGGGACUACAAUGAAAAACACGGCGUGAAAUGUUACGAAUGUCACAAAUUUAUUGCUGGAAAGGUUCUGCAGGCUGGUGGGUACAAGUUUCAUCCAACUUGUGCACGCUGUUCCCGAUGUGGAUUGCAUUUCGGCGAUGGGGAAGAAAUGUACAUGCAAGGGGAUGAAAUAUGGCAUCCAUCCUGCGAACACUCGCGAACUACUGAGAAUAUCGCACCAUCAGCCAAGAGCACGACAUUGUCAUCUCGAAACGAGCCAAAGUACCAAUCUGCUUUUGGUCAGCAUCUCACCUAUAUGUAUCUCUUACCAGAAGCGGAGCAAACUUAUUUGCGUCAUCCAAUCACGAAUCCUAAGGAGCCAAAUGCUCCACAGUUCCAUGUACCCCAAGGUCCUAUUAAGAUUCGAAAAUCUCGCCUGUCCAUGCUUAAAACGGGAAUGCAGCGUCUCACGGAGGAUCUCGAAAAGAAUGUUCCGCGACCAAAAUCUCCUCAUAUGGAUAAUGAGGAACCUAUUGAAAUGGCACAUUAUCCUGCGGGACAUGCACCUGAUCCAGACAAGCUUCCAGCGAUUGAACGAGACGAUUUCCCUGCACCGCCGUAUCCCUACGCUGUCGAGGAACUGAAACGACGCUUAUCAACAUCUUCAAUCGAAAAUGAGAUUUCUGACGAUGAGCUGUCUGAAAGUGAGAGAAUAGAUGAAGAUAAACUGAAGAAGACUGUGGAACAGCUAGAGAAAUUUGAUGACUCGUCCAUCGCUCAUGUAAUUAAGCAAAACAUAGAGGAGAGCCACAAGAAACAAAGGUUGCCUCUUCACUGGGAUCCUCGUAAUGCUAGUCGUACUCCAUCAGCAAAAAAGAUGCCACAUCUCCGUUUCCGCUACGACGUUCCUAUCAAUGCAUCUCCAUCGCGUCAUCUUAACCGUCCACGACCAUGGGUUGCUUGGCAAGGAGGGGAACGAUCACAAGGCAAUACACUGCCGUGUUUCCAUGUUCCAGAAAGCAGAGGGAGUACUAUUCGAGCUGCUACAUUACCAACUGGCUAUAAUUAUGGAACUUUAUCGAUGGAAAAUCUCGAUACAACGAUUAGCAGUAAUUUCUCGGAUCACUCUCUUGCUGGUACUCUUGGUGGCACUGGUAUGCGGACUGUUGGUGAGAUGCGCUCCACUCUCCGUUCCUCACUUCCUGACAUGAGUAAACCUGCAAAAAUUUAUGAUCUUGCUGAUCUGCAAACCACAAAUAAAAAGUUACCGGAGGAUGCAGACAGACAACAUUUGGAACGUCAUCUGGCUCGCGAAGAGUUUGAAAGGCUAUUCGGAAUGAGCCCUAUCGAAUUCUACAAAUUGCCCGAAUGGAAGCGUAUCAACUUGAAGAGAAAGCAUAAACUAUUCUAG